UUCCAAAAGUUGCUACCUCAAUUAAAUGCAAAUUCAGGUGCCGCGCUAGUGUCGUUUACUUGAAAUAGGGGUAUUAGUUCCGUGGGUUGCAACCUCAAUACAGAGGUGAAUUCCAGUGUUAUUUCAUCAAGUAUCCUAUGUACUUCAAAAAUGACGCCACAUCAUCUGAUCUUGCUCGUAGUACUGAUUUCAUGUUCAGCUAUUCCUCUCGGUUCGAAGGAUUACAAUGACUGGCCUCCUGGACUUUAUAAUCGUAAUGUUGUAAUGUUCUUCUUCAAGCAAAAUGUUUCCAUAAUUUGCCAGGGUAACAAUGAAGUUGAGUGGAUAAUAGACACUACCGACCAGGCCAAUAAUUCCGUACAAGUAGUUACACCCAAUGAAAAAAUUCUCAGAAUGGGAAACGUCACAGGGAAUGACACUGGCGCCUACACAUGCAUCUAUAAAAACAACCCCAAUGUGUUCUGGAAGUUCUACGUUCACGUUUUUGGUGACCUUCCAGGGACUCAAAUUUUUGGAUAUUUGGAGCCCACAUAUAAAUACGAAGGCUACAUAUCACUGGAGAACCCCUAUAGUGAAUUUCAGGUGAGUCCAAAACCCAGAGCUUCCUCUGAGGAAAUUUUGGAGCUGCACAAAAUUAAACCAAAAACCCUCAGAGGAUAAAUAGAUGAUAAUGCAUUUGUAAUCUAGCUUAUCGUCUUAGACACUUAUCCUUACCUACGUAUCUGUCACGCUGUUUGGGUUUAAUUGUAAGUAUAGGUAGUAAAUUUAUUUCUCUGUGAAUAAAAUUUUAUAAAUUAAAGUAUUGUAUUUACCUAUUUCAAAAUAAUAAUCAACAAUCAAUCAAUUGAUGAUUUUCCUCUUGGUAGAAAAAUCCUUUAGGAAUUGACGAAAUCACUGUAGAAACCUAGAAACUAUAAGAAAUGUAUAGUGAAUAACUGAGCCAUUAAUUACUAUACGAAGUUUCAAAAACUAUAUAGGUUUUAUAAUUUAUUGUACUCCUACUAUAUGAGUUAGCUAAAGUUGUGUAGAUUAUUGUGCCAAUUUGUGAUAAUUUGUAGAUAACUAUUGUUGGUUGGAAAAUGAAAAAUGCCCAAUUACAUAUUAGACUGCCUGUUCGCAUGUA